AUGCGCAUGGCUGGGUUCGAACUCAAGUCCUACAACUCGUUUAUAAAUGAGAACAAAGAAAACAUUGACAAUAAUGAUGUAUCACGGCUUAGGGUAACACAUGAAGAAGUAACAGUAACAAAUGAAGCACAGAACAAGGUUUUUGAUGAAAAUGAGAUCGUGGAAUAUGACCAAUAUAAUGACAAUAUUGGUUGCAGUUUACCAUUAUUAUCAAGGCAACAUCUUCAACAGAAUAAUGGUGAAGAACUAGCUGAAGAAGAAAUCAACUAUUCGACCAACUUGUGCUCAACAUCUUUAUCAGACAACGAGCUAAUUGUUACAGAACAUUUUUAUUAA